AUGGACACCUACCUGUACCCCCCACGCCUCACCGACCCCCGCUACUGGGGCAAAAAAGCCGCCUAUAUCUACCGCGCCACCAACGCGCGCGCUGACCUAUACCACAACGCCACGCGCUUCCUCGACAUCCGCAACAUGCUAAAGUUCACCUGGCCGCUCGGGAAGCACCUUGACGUCUACGCCGCGCGCGAGGCCGAUGCGGCCCCAUUUGAGAGAGAGGAGAGAGUGCAGAUGGUGGGGCUGAUUGAGGGCAUGUGGGUGUCGGUGGUGGAAAGGUUUGCGUUUUACGGGUUGGUGGGGCAGGGCGUGAGCAGUGCAGAUGAGCUGUAUUGGGCGGAGGUGAGGGCGUUUUAUGCGGAGUUGGGGAGAAGGGUGACGGAGGUUGUGUUUGGGGAUCCGGAGUAG